AUGGCUUUCAAGAGCGGGUCGUUCGCGACCUUCCUCAUCUUAUGCCCAACCUGCUUCUUCCUGGGCAUCAUCUUCUCGCUCUUCCCCUACGACUACCCAAUCCUCUGGUCCACCGUCCCGACCCCAUCUUCUCACUAUGACUACCUUGAAGCUCACCUCCGCUUCCUCCACGCCUCGCCCCCGCUCAUCCCGCGCAUCCUCCACAUCGUUAUCUUCCUCGGCCUCGCCGGCCUGCUCUCCAAGCUCUACCGCCCCUCAGAAUCAAACAUGCUCUUCGACGGUGCCUCCCUUGUCCUCUACAUGUGCGGCGUAACUAUCUAUGUCGCCAACAUCGUCAAGGGCCUCCGUCUCGCGUCCGCGGGCCAGUACGGUGCUGCUCUCGCCCAGACCCCCGACGAGAAGGACGAGAUCCUCGGCCGCGAGGAUUCGCUCAAGGUGCUCUCCGCGAGCAACACCAUCCUCGCCCUCGUGCUGGUCGGCAUUCUGGUCCUGCAGGCUGGGCAGUGGUACGCGGAGCGCAAGGACCAGCAGGAAGCCGAGUCCAUGGCCACGGGCAAGAACGUCAAGGCGGAGCCUGGGAGUGAGCCUGCGACUGCGACGGCCACGGCCACGGCCUCGGGCUCGUCGAAGGGGAAGGCUAGCCAGCGGAAGAAGGCGAAUUAG